UCCAGCCUAUGUUAGGUCUUAAUGGUGGGAGGAAUCAAUGACCCGCCCCUUUCAUCUGGAGGGGGCGGGCUGUGGGUCUUGACGCCAUCUGGGAGCGCCCCAGGGGAGACCCGGCGCAAGUCGGAGAUGCUGGACUCGCUGUUAGCCUUCGGCGGCCUGAUGCUGCUUCGGGAUAGCGUAGAAUGGGAAGGGCGCAGUCUUUUGAAGGCGCUUAUCAAGAAAUCUGCGCUGUGUGGGGAGCAAGUCCACAUCCUGGGCUGUGAAGUGAGCGAGGAAGAGUUUCGUGAAGGUUUCACCUCGGAUAUCAAUAACUGUCUGGUUUACCAUGACCUCUUCAGAGACCCUCUCAACUGGUCAAAAACUGGGGAGGCCCUUCCUGGGGGACCACUGGGAGCCUUGACAGCCAUGUGCAGGAGGACAGAUCCUGGGCCUGUCACCAUUGCUCUUGAUUCACUCAGUUGGCUUUUGCUUCACCUUCCCUGUACCACACUCUGCCAGAACCUUCAUGCUCUAAGCCAUCAGAACUCCUCCCUUGGUGACAGCUCAGUGCAGCAGGUACGUGUGCUGGGCUUACUACAUGAAGAGCUUCAUGGCCCAGGCCCCCUGGGAGCAUUGAGCAGCCUUGCUCAGACUGAGGUGAUCCUUGGGGGUACAGUGGGCCAGGCUUCAGCCUAUAUCCUCUGUCGGAGGCCUCAACAGCGCCCAACUCACCAGACUAAUUGGUUCUCCAUCCUUCCAGACUUCAGCCUGGAUGUCCAAGAGGGACCCCCUGUAGAAUCUCAGCCCCACCCAGAUCCUCAUACAUCCCUGGUGGACCCCAUGACUCAUUUGACCUUUAACCUUCGACUGUCUAAGAAAGAGAGAGAAGCCAAAGAUAGCCUGACUCUGCCCUUCCAGUUCAGCUCUGAAAAACAGCAGGCACUACUGCGCCCUGGGCAAGGCCAGGCUACCAGCCACGUCUUCUAUGAGCCAGAUGCCUAUGACGACCUAGACCAAGAAGACCCAGAUGAUGACCUAGAUAUUUGACUGGCCAGAUUUAAGUAAACUAAUUGGUGGGGGAGGAGGAAGACCUUGAGCCUAGAACUGUUCUUCUGUUUGUGUUGCCCUUACUCUGUUCUUGCCCCACCUUUGUUCCUUGUUGUCUAUGGAGGCUCUGCCCUCUAACCCAGGAAGGAGCUUGAGACAGUACAAAGUAAGAUGAGAGCAUAGGGUAAGGUGAGAGUGGAACACCCCCUCAUGCCUAAUAAAAUCUUUUUUAUAACAAAAGAAA